AUGCAGUCCUUCAACACUCUCCUGAGYGUGCGAGAUGGCUCCUGGUCUUUCCCAGUCACAGCUGCUCCGCCUCUCCCAUCUGCUUCUGUGGAUCUCGCCACUUCACUUCCAGGCGACGUUGCCACGGCGACUGUGCCGGACAUCCAGACAGCUUCUGACUUCGAGGACGAGCAUUCAUCGACUACGAUUGAGCAGCCCAUCCUUUCCAAACCCAUCCCGCCAUCAACGCCCGUGAAGAGCACCAAGAAGUCUCGGAAGCGCAAAGUCACCGAUCCUGAUGGCGAAUACAAGAGCUCCGGCAACAAGAAGAAGCGCGCAGCACCUACUCCGACCAAAUCGAAACCCAAGCGCAAGACCUACGACUACCUCGCCGAGACCGACUACAAGCCCACUUCGAAGGUCGUUGUGGAGUACACUAUCGACGACGAGAUUGACGAUGACCCCGACAUCUGCCAUGAUGACUGCGAGGAAAAAGAUGAACAGGACAUGAUCCAUUGUGACGGAGAGGCUUGUCGUCUUGGUGGGAAGUGGUUUCAUACUGGAUGUGUUGGGUUCGACGGGCCUUUGCCAUCGAAUAUCGAGGAUUUUGAGUGGUACUGUCUGACUUGUCGCGAGGAGCUUGGUGUUGGAGAGGAUACGGAUGGGUUGAUCUAUCGCGCUGAUUCGGGGAUUGGAGAUGACGGGGAUGUGAAGGUGGUGGCGAGACGUCUGCGUUCUGCGAGUGGAUUGUAG